ACAUUAAAUAUUUUUUACAAAAUUAAAUUAAGAAUUAAAAAUUUAAUAGAUGUUGGAACUUUAUUUUAAGUAAAAAACAAUUUUUCAUGUGCAUGGAUGGUUAAAGGGGACGUCAAAAUUUUCCAAGCUGUUUUUGUUGCAUCUUGAUUCUUGAUUGAGAAAAUUGGAACGAAAACUUUGAGAUUUUGAUAACUACAUCACAAUUACUGCACUGGAUUCUUCACACGCUAGAAUACCCAUUGUAUUGUUGUUUCUUCGAUUCAAUUUCGGUUCUAGGUUAAACUGGUUGGAUGGAGGUGAUUCUAAAGGAGAAGGAGGCUGAUGAUUGGGUUUACAGAGGCGAAGGAGCUGCUAAUCUUGUGCUCUCUUACAUUGGAUCAUCUCCUGCAUUUAUUGGGAAAGUGAUGCGAAUACGGAAAGCUUCAAGGAAUGAUUCACUGUCUGAGAUUUCAACCAGCCCUUCUGCUUUGACGGCUCAUGAACGGUACCUCUGGAAAGAUGUUGAUGAACUCAUUUCAUCUCCUGACAACGAAAUUGCAAGCCAGCUAUUUGUUCUUCAUGUUAUGAAGCCAUUGCUUGGUUCCAAAUUUGUUGAUGCUGGUAUGCAUGUCCAAGUCUCGAGAGGAUUUUUUGAAUCGGUUGAAAAGAAUGUUAUUCUUCAACGUCCUGCUUGGAGAGUUGAUACUGCCCAGGUCGACAUGCGUUGUGACUAUGUGCUUGUCAUGUCAGAUCAUUCACUCUUUGACCAUGGUAAUCUUGAAUCUAGUCCCUGCAUAUCUGUUGAGAUAAAGCCCAAAUGUGGAUUUCUUCCUGUUUCAAGAUUUGUAUCUGAAGAAACUGCUAUCAAAAAGAGGGUAACUCGCUUUGAAAUGCACCAAGCCCUGAAAUUGAAUCAAGGAGAGAUAUCAUUGCCAAGUGAAUACAAUCCACUUGAUCUGUUCUCUGGAUCCAAGGAAAGAAUUCAUAAAGCUAUCAAGGAUCUCUUUACUACACCUCAAAACAAUUUCCGUGUAUUCAUGAAUGGGUCUCUCAUAUUUGGCGGACUAGGAGGUGGUGCAGAAGAUACAAAUUUGUGUAUUGCAAAAGCAUUUGAAGGUGCACUUAAGUCCAUCGUUCAAGCUGAUGAUGGUUUAUGUACCGAGAACUUCCUCACUCUUGUUGCCGAGGCUGCCCAUAUAUCAGGAGUCCUUGAUCGGCUCUUGGAGGUUCAAAAGCUUGAUGAUGUUGACAUAGAGGGAGCUAUACAUGCUUAUUAUGAUAUUACUCAUCAACAGUGCAUGGUGUGCACUGAGUUGAAUGAAGAUCAAAUGAAAACAUAUACCCCUUUGCAUUCAGCUUCAUUGGAUGAAAGCUUGAGAAUUGUAAAGGACUACUUGAUAGCAGCAACUUCAAAAGACUGCAGUCUGAUGAUAUGUUUUAGACCAAGCAAAGAGGUGAAUUUGGGAUCCGUAUGGAAUAAUGUAUAUCUUGAGUCAAGUGCACUUUAUCGACCUGGAUUUGAAGCGAAUGAGUAAAAUGGAAGAAUAUUAUGAAUUAGACAAGAAGAUAGUAAGCUGCUACAGCGAAAUGAUCAAAAUGGAUCGAGGAAUAAAUGCAUCAACAAACUUGCAAGAAUCUUAAUUGCAUAUUGAGAUCUAAUAAACUCAGGAAGAUUGUGUCUGUAAGUAGAAGAAAUUUGAUGAUAUGUCUGGUUUUUCCUUUGGUCGGCCUAGUUUGGCCAUGGCUUAACUGAUGAUAUACUUAUACCAUACAAUGAUCUCUCAAGCUGUUACGAGGUUUUUCCCGUCCAGGACAUGCUUUUGUACUAUUUGCUCAUUCAUUUUGAUUCUCAGACUUUUGGCUAGGAAGUUUUUAUAUAACUGAUGCACUUGUGUAUGACAGAGACUAUGGCGGAAGCAAAACUGCGAUUUUCAAGAUGUUGGUAAAAGUUGAUGAAGUUAAUACCAAUGUAAAAGCUGUUAGUUAGAUGUUUCAAGGUGUGAUUAACGAAACAGUGAUUAGUGAAACUAUGUAGUGUAGUGUGGGUGGUCAAGGUGUGAAUAUUUCAAAUAAUUGACAGAAAUUGAGUAGAUUAGACGGAAUCCCAAGGAAAAGUUGAGUUAGAAAAAAUAUGAUAUUCCUCAUAAUCCAUGUUAGAGUUGCGAUGUUAUGAUAUGCUAUCACUGAAUAUGUCUGUUCCAUUGUGUUCUUAAUUCGAUUACCGUGCCAUUUUUGUACCA